GCUCCAGUCGUCUCAUACGUCUUUGUUGAUCUAGUGUCUGCAGCAUCACCACAGGCGCUCAAUGCAACUGACUGCUGCCUCAAUAUGGAAACUAAUUUCCACUGAGGGAGAACAGACUAACAUCAACAAUAUUGCAAAAUGACCACUUACCGUUUUUUCGUAUGAAAAACAUAUUUUAUUCUUCGAACAUGCAAAACGACUCGGCGCAACUGGCAGACUGCGAUGUGGGACACAAUGCCAAAAUCAGUCUUGCGGCACUCUAUUCUCUCAUGUGCCUGUUUGGGACCAUUUUAAACCUUUUGGUUGUCUACCUGGUCGUGACAUUUAAGAAACUUCGGACGGCUAGCAAUGCGUUUAUUGUGAACGGCUGUAUAGCCGACCUGUUGGUGUGCGCAUUUUGGAUGCCGCACGAGGCGGUGGGAAUUUAUUCUGGAAGCCCUUUCCCGGCUGGGUACCAAGCCUUCAAAGAUGCACUCUUAUUCCUCGGCAUCACUGUCUCUCUUCUCUCCCAUUCCCUGAUCGCCGUCAACCGAUACGUGUUGAUUACCAAAUCACCAGUGACCUAUCUGUCCAUCUACCAAAAAAGACGCAUAGAAUGGAUGAUAAGCGCGUCGUGGCUUUCGGCGCUGGGAUUUAUUUUACCCUGGAUCACAUCUUUACGUUACCCACAGGAAGGAUGCUCAUAUCUCCCGGCUUCCGCAGCAUCACUGCUCAAAGGAGGGAAGCCCAUUUUCUCUGACCCAUUUGCAGCUGGUACCCUGGCGUUGACUAUUAUUGGUCAGACAAUGGUUGUUCUGUAUUGCUAUUUAAAAAUCUUUCGAAGGGUGCAGAUCAGUGUGAAGAGGGUCAGCAUAUUACAUUUUCCUAUAGUAAAUAACCUUCCCUAUUCGUUCCCCAGAAAGGACAAACGUUUGGGGUUCUACGUGUUGGCAGUGUGUUUCAUAUUCAUACUCACUACACAGCCUCUUUUCUGGGUGUUAUCAGUAGCACUUUUUACCACAGUGCCAUUGGCACUAAGGACUUCUUCAUGGAUGUUUUUCUGCACUCUCUUUGUUACAAACCCUUUUCUCUACACGUGGAAGAACGAGGAGUUUAGAAAAUCUUUCAGAUCCGUGCUCAAGGGAGAAUUUUGGAGAGGGUCUACAGUUGGGGUUGAGCCCAUCACAAUUAAUACAAUAUCUCACCUUCUGCCGAGACAAAACAGUAGAAGGGCAUUUUUGGCUGAGAUAAAUUGAACAGCAUCUGAACUGCAAUGACAUUGGUCCCUGUAAGGAUACAAACCCUACAGUGUUUUAGAAAGCUUACCUGGCAACUCAAUUGAAAAUUACGCUAUUGGUUGCUCAGAUUUGUAAAACAUUAGUGAUGCUGUUAAUCAUUAUUAUUAAUAUUAUUAUUAGUAUUAUUAUGUAGUGCCAUUAUGCAAUAAAUUGUAGGUCAACCAGAAGAACACUCAACAAAUGAACAAAUAGUUUGUAAAACAUUGUGUAUCAAAUUCGUUUUUGUUUAUAUUCAUGUAUUUUUCUAUAUACAUUUUUAUGCACCAUGGUUGUACUAAGCCUUUAUGCAAAUUGUAAAUCCGCUUAUGUGUUCAUUUGAAUAAAGCUGAAAAUGAAAGUGCAAGAAAAACGUUUUGUCACAUUUGCCUAUUACACUUGACUAGGUGCAGUGUCCUUGUGUGUCCAGAUGCACCUGAGGUCACCAUCAGUGCUUUCUCAUCUGGGAGCAGCAGGGAUGGCCACCCCCCUUUUACCAUUGAGUGGGAGAGAAAAGGGAAUCACUUGCCCCAGAAUUUUCACUGACACAAAAAUGGAACCGUCACGGGCUGGCUUCAAUAGUUUACCAGUGUGUGGCCAAGAAUGUGUUGUCCGAGUCAAGGAAGAGAUGACACUGGAGGUGCAACCUAACAGUACAACUACU